AUGCUAUCUGCUACUGCUUCGGCCAUGCGCUUCGGCGCUCGCCGCAUUAGCCCCCGAGUCGUCUCGACUCUUAUCGCGCCCAAGCCCAAGGUCUCCCUCGGCCAAAGCAUCAACUUCGCGCAAGCUCGUUGUCUUUCCUCUACCAACCAGCUGUCUUACGCUGUCAACACAAACCCAAACCCUCCCCUAGGCAUCAAGAAUGCCUCUAAUACCACCCCCUCUCGAAUUGGCCUCAUUGGAGCCCGCGGCUACACAGGCCAAGCCUUGAUCGAUCUUCUUAACGAACACCCCAUGAUGGACCUUCGAUAUGUAUCUUCUCGUGAACUCAAGGGUCAAGAGCUCAAGGGCUAUACCAAGCGCAAGAUCAUCUAUGAGAGCUUAUCCCCCGAGGAGGUCGCUCAGCUGGAUAAGGAUGGCAAGGUCGACUGCUGGGUUAUGGCUCUUCCCAAUGGUGUCUGCCAGCCCUUCGUGGAUGCUCUCGGCCAGUCUUCCAGCUUGAUUAUCGACCUCUCCGCCGACUACAGGUUUGAAGAGAAUGGACCUUGGAGUUACGGACUUUGCGAAUUAAAGCCAAGAAGCAAACUUGCUCAGUCAAAUCGUAUCAGCUGCCCUGGGUGUUACUCUACUGGCUCACAGCUUGCCUUGGCGCCCAUCUUGGAGCAUCUUGGAGGAAGCCCUCAGGUUUUCGGCGUUUCUGGAUACAGCGGCGCAGGCACAAAGCCUUCUCCUAAGAACGACGUCAACAAUCUCAAGGACAACCUUCUUCCCUACUCGUUGACAGGACAUAUUCACGAAAGAGAAAUCAGCCACCAUCUUGGUGCACCCACAGCAUUUAUGCCCCAUGUCGCCUCCUGGUUCCGCGGUAUUCACCUGACCGUCAGCAUCCCACUGAACAAGGAGAUGACUUCUCGGGAGAUCCGUCAGAUCUACCAGGAGCGAUAUGCUGGCGAGAAGCUGGUUAAGGUCGUUGGCGAAGCCCCGUAUGUGGUUGUCAAGGCAAUCCAGGAUAAGCACCAUGUUGAGAUUGGCGGAUUUGCUGUUGACAGCACAGGCAAGCGUGUGGUUGUCUGCGCCACGAUUGACAACCUUAACAAGGGCGCUGCAACACAAUGCUUGCAAAACAUGAACCUCGCCCUCGGAUAUGACGAAUACCAGGGAAUCCCCAUCUAA